CGGGAGGCGGCCGGGAUGGAGCGGAGCAGUGGGGGGGACAAACGGUGGACUCACCCCUCUGUGGUUCCGGGUGGAGCAGAAAUGGAUUGCCAGGACAUCAAAGAGCUGCAAAAAGAAGUGAUGGAGGAGAUGGGAAUCUCCAUGGAGGAGCUGGAGGACAUCAUCAACAAGGAGCUGGAGAAGUCUGAGUACGUGAAGCAGAAGAAGCAGCAGCUGGAGGAGCUGGAGAUGUACGUGAAACAGAAGGAAGAGGAGGUGGCUCACGUCGAUCGUCUCUUUGAUGAUGCUUGGAGAGACUUUCAUAAAUGUGAGAUGUUGGUAAAGGAUCUGUACUCCAAGCUGGGCCUGGAGUACCGUGAGAGCAGCUCUGAGGAGGAGGACUUGGCUGCCAAACCCACAGAAGUGAUUGAGAUCCCGGACGACGACGAUGACGACAUCAUGAGUGUGGAUUCGGGGUGGAAGAACAGUGAUAGCAGUCCCAAGGUUCCCAAGGAUCAGACUCUGCUGAGGGAAGCCAUGGCAGCAAUGAGAAGGUCAGCCCAGGACGUUCAGAAAUUUAUGGAUGCUGUGCACAGGAGAACAAACGCCCAGGAUGCGGUGAAAGAUGCACAAACCCCUCAGCAAGCUCCUGGUGCUCUCCAGUCUGCUGGACCUGCUGUGGGGGUGGGUGAUCUCAGCAAUGAUGGUGAUCUGAAGGUUGGCAUGAGGAUCCUGGGCAAGAAGAGAACCAAAACGUGGCACAAAGGGACUCUGAUUGCCAUCCAGACUGUCGGUGCUGGUAAGAAGUACAAAGUGAAGUUUGACAAUAAGGGGAAGAGUUUGCUUUCUGGCAAUCACAUCGCUUACGACUAUCACCCCUCCCCGGACAAACACUACGUUGGGAGCAGAGUUGUGGCAAAAUACAAAGAUGGGGAUCAGGUUUGGCUGUAUGCUGGCAUAGUGGCUGAAACACCAAACGUGAAGAACAAAGACAGGUUCUUGAUCUUCUUUGAUGAUGGCUACGCUUCGUACGUCAAGGAGUGGGAGCUGUACCCAGUCUGCAGGCCGCUUAAGAAGACGUGGGAGGACAUAGAGGACGUGUCGUGCCGGGACUUCAUCGAGGAGUACAUCAGUGCUUACCCCAACCGGCCCAUGGUGCUGCUGAAGAACGGCCAGCUGAUCAAAACCGAGUGGGAGGGGACCUGGUGGAAAUCCAGGGUGGAAGAGGUGGACAGCAGUCUGGUCAAAAUCCUCUUCCUGGAUGACAAACGCUGUGAGUGGAUUUACCGGGGAUCCACGCGCCUCGAGCCCAUGUUCAGCAUGAAAACCUCCACUGCCUCCACCCAGGAAAAGAAGCAGAGUGGACAGGCAAGGACUCGUCCCAACGUUGGCGCUGUGCGGAGCAAAGGCCCCGUCGUGCAGUAUACACAAGAUCUGACUGGAGCUGGAACCCAGUACAGAGCCCUGGAGCAGAUGCAGUCAGCCUCGCUGGCAGCACAGCCCGCUUCUCCGCAGCCCUCUGAGGUGGAGUGCUCUGAUGGUCUGCUGGCCCAGUCGAGGAAGCAGGUGGCCAAGAAGAGCACAUCCUUCCGGCCCGGAUCGGGGCAGUCGUCGCCUUCACCGCCCGUGCUGAGCGAUGCACCAGGAAGAGCGGCUGCAGCCCAGCAGCACCGCUUCCCCAGCGGGCCGGCCGGCUCAGCGCAGCCCUUCCACGGCAUGCUGGACCGGGUGCCCAACGAGCCGUCGUACCGCGCGCCGCUGGAGAAGCUCUUCUACCUCCCCCACGUCUGCAGCUACGCCUGCCUGUCCCGCGUGCGGCCCAUCCGCAGCGAUCAGUACCGCAGCAAGAACCCCCUGCUCAUCCCUCUGCUCUACGACUUCAGGAGGAUGACGGCCCGCCGCAGGGUGAACCGCAAGAUGGGUUUCCACGUCAUCUACAAGACGCCGUGCGGGCUCUGCCUGCGCAGCAUGGCCGAGAUCGAGCGCUACCUCUUCGAGACCGACUGCGACUUCCUCUUCCUGGAGAUGUUCUGCCUGGAUCCCUACGUCCUGGUGGAUCGCAAAUUCCAGCCCUACAAGCCCUACUAUUACAUCGCCGACAUCACCAAGGGCCGCGAGGACGUGCCGCUGUCCUGCGUCAACGAGAUCGACGGCACGCCGCCGCCGCAGGUGGCCUACAGCAAGGAGCGCAUCCCCGGCAAGGGGGUCUUCAUCAACACGGGCUGGGAGUUCCUCGUGGGCUGCGACUGCAGGGACGGCUGCAGGGACAAAUCUAAGUGUGCCUGUCACCAGCUGACGGUCCAAGCGACCGGCUGCACCCCGGGAGGGCAGAUCAACCCCAACUCGGGGUACCAGCACAAGAGGCUGGAGGAGUGCCUCCCAACUGGGGUUUACGAGUGUAACAAGAGGUGCAAAUGCAACGUCAACAUGUGCACCAACCGCCUGGUCCAGCACGGGCUGCAGGUCAGGCUGCAGCUGUUCAAGACUCAGAACAAGGGCUGGGGCAUCCGCUGCCUCGAUGACAUUGCCAAGGGCUCCUUCGUCUGCAUCUAUGCAGGGAAAAUCCUCACGGAUGACUUCGCCGACAAAGAGGGCUUGGAGAUGGGGGAUGAGUACUUUGCAAACCUGGAUCACAUCGAGAGCGUGGAGAACUUCAAGGAGGGCUACGAGAGCGACGCCAAGUGCUCGUCCGACAGCAGCGGGGUGGACCUGAAGGACGACGAGGAGGACAACACGGGCACGGAGGAGCAGGAGGAGUCCAACGAGGACAGCUCUGAUGACAACUUCUGCAAGGACGAGGGCUUCAACGCCAGCUCGGUGUGGCGCAGCUACGCCACGAGGCGACAGACCCGCGGCCAGAAGGAGAACGGCCUCUCGGAAACGGCCUCCAAGGACUCGGGGCUCACACCGCAGGUCGGCCACGAUGAGGCUGCAGCAGCUGCCUCCUGCAAGCUGCCCGUGUCCGAGGAGACCUGCAAGAACAAAGUGGCCUCGUGGCUCAGCUCCAACAGCGUGUCUGACAGCUUCCAGGACAACGACAGCACCUCGUCCUUCAAGAUGAGCGAAGGAGGGGAGGCCAAAGGCUGCAGGGCUGAUCCUGCGCCGGGGGGAGCGGAGGGAGAGGCAAAGGCACCAAGGAAGGAUGAACCUGAAGAUUCAAGCAAAGUCCUGGGGCUCAGCGACCUGGGCAGGCUGUACGGCUACAACCCCAGCCCCCCCAAACUGGAUGGGGUGCGAAGACCCACCAGCAAAACGGCUCUGCUGCAGAGCAGGCGGCACUCGGGGCCCCUGCAGCCCCCCGCCGAGGACGUGCUGACCCUGUCCAGCAGCACCGACAGCGAUGGGGACAACGGGCCCAAGGUGGAGGGGCAGCCCCAGGGUGCUGCCAACGACAGCGACGACAUCCAGACCAUCUCAUCGGGCUCUGAGGAGGAGGAAGGGGACGAGAAGAAGAACCCCUCUGGUUCAGGGCCCAUGAAGAGGCAGGUGGCAGUGAAAUCCACGCGGGGGUUUGCCCUGAAAUCCACCCACGGCAUCGCCAUCAAAUCCACCAACAUGGCAGCAGCCGAGAAGGGCGACAGCGCUCCGGUCUGCAGGACGACACGGCAGUUCUAUGAUGGAGAGGAGUCCUGCUAUAUCAUCGAUGCCAAACUGGAGGGGAACCUGGGCCGCUACCUCAACCACAGCUGCAGUCCCAACCUCUUCGUGCAGAACGUUUUUGUGGACACGCACGACCUGCGCUUCCCAUGGGUCGCCUUCUUCGCCAGCAAGAGGAUCCGGGCGGGCACGGAGCUGACGUGGGAUUACAACUACGAGGUGGGCAGCGUGGAGGGCAAAGAGCUGCUGUGCUGCUGCGGGGCCAUCGAGUGCAGAGGGAGGCUGCUGUGAGCCCGGGGCUCCCAUUUACUGAACUCUGAGCUGCUGGGGGGGCUGCAACCCCCACCCCCAACUGAGCCUGUGCUGUUUGGGGGGGCUGUGACCCCACAGAGCCCUCCCUGCUGUUCCUGUUGCGUUAGCUGGGGCUGUGGGUCACUGUUGCUGCCACUUCAUUGCACUGGGGGGCUCCUGUAGGUGGGGGGGGGGUAGGGAUGGAGGGGGUGAUAAUAAACAUCAGUUAUGGGGCUGAGAGGAGAAGCAGCCACCCCCCAUUAUGAGAUGCAAAGAAUUCUUGUCGUUACAAAGCAAUAAAAUGGGGUUUUCUACA